AUGGCCCCAUCGAAUGGUCCGACCUGUUUCUCAAUGGUUGCAUCUGUUCGUUGUGUGAAGGAUUCUACAUUCGUCGUUGCUGGAAGGUCAGAUGACCGUCGCACAGACCUUGCUCGUAGUAACGCACGCGCAGUUGACAAACAAAAAUCCUUGGGUCAUCUUUCCGCUGUCCACGCUGUCGGCAUUGACAAUGGCUGCAAAUAUCUACCUCGCUGUGGCGACGGGGAUCGCCUUUCGUUCCCUGGAAGCUACGGACAAUGUAUGUGA